AUGGAAGCGAACGUGAUUGUAAACUGUGUUCAUCCUGGGAUCGUUAGAACUGGACAAACUAGAGAUCACAACGGCUUCAUUACAGUUGUCUUGGCAUUACAACAAGGUUUUGCAAUCGGGUCUGCUGCUCUAGUCUCUCUUGCUCUAUUUGGGGCAUUUGUGAGCAGAGCUGGGAUUGAAACGGUGGAUGUGUUGACACCAAAAGUGUUCAUAGGCUUACUGAUAGGAGCAAUGCUUCCUUACUGGUUCUCUGCUAUGACAAUGAAGAGCGUUGGAAGUGUUGCUCUGAAAAUGGUUGAAGAGGUUUGGCGACAGUUCAACACCAUUCCAGGGCUCAUGGAAGGAACCACAAAACCUGAUUAUGCAACAUGUGUCAAGAUUUCAAUAGAUGUUUCACUAAAAGAGAUGAUCCCUCCUGGUGCUUUAGUUAUGAUCACAACUCUAGUUGCGGGAACCUUAUUUGGAGUGGAAUUGCUUGCUGGUGUACUUGCAAGUUCACUUGUUUCAGGUGUCCAGGUACAUGUGUUGUAUGCCAUUUUUUUAGUAACUUCGAUUAUCGUUUUUGCAAGGGCAUUAGGACCAAAGGGAUCAGAAGCACAUAAGGCAGCAGUGAUAGGUGAUACUGUGGGAGACCCAUUGAAAGAUACAUCAGGACCAUCACUCAUAUGGUUUUAA